GUUUACGUAGCCUGAUUCGUACAUGAAUGGAACUACUUUCAAGUACCGACUGGGAGUCAGAUAAACCCAACCACACGAGUAGAGACCUGGCGAAACCCGCCGAGAAAGAGACGAGUGAAACGCGGAACUAGGGGCAGGAGAGAAAAGUGACCGCGGCAGCGUACAGUUGCGUCAUGUUAAGCCUCCAGCGUUUAUUAAUGUGAUAUUACAAUGUCCGCAAACGGGGUUUCCCCCAUGUAAGAGGAGCCAUUUGUAGCCUGCUUUAAACAGACAGACACUCCGACGGGACUUCAUUGAUUCCCAUAGUUUGAGAUAGGUGACUGUAUGGCUUGACUCGUCCCUGGGUUUGUCAGAAAUGGCAGCAAAAUGCAGGUUUUUGCUUCAGAGGGUCCUUACAGGAGCCAGAGCUCGUGCUGUGUGGCAUCACCAAGCGUCAGGUAGAGAACACCUGGUGUGUAGAACAGCAGUCAGACAGCUGAGCAGCUCCAACAGACUCCACAGGCCUCCCUCUGCCACCACAGGUCCCAGCAGCCUGUCGUUCAGGACUCACACUUGUGGAGAGCUGAGGUCACAUCAUGUAGGAGAGAAGGUCACGCUGUGUGGAUGGGUCCAAUAUCUCAGACAAGAUCUGUUUAUCAUCCUGCGAGAUUUCAGCGGUUUGACUCAAGUUCUAAUCCCCCAGAAAGACUCUGCCCUCAGCGUGAAAGCAGCGCUGUGUGAUCUCUCUGUGGAGUCAGUCGUCAAGGUUACAGGAACAGUCAGAAGAAGACCAGACGGGCAGGAGAACAAGGCGAUGCCAACAGGAGACGUAGAGGUGCUGGCGGAAAAUGCGGAAGUCUUCAACACGUGCCGGAAGCUGCCUUUUGAGAUAAAGGACUUUGUCAAAAAGUCUGAGUCGUUGCGGAUGCAGUAUCGCUACCUGGACCUGAGGUCGUCGCAGAUGCAGAAGAAUCUCAGACUGAGAUCUCAGCUGGUGAUGAAGAUGAGGGAGUAUCUCUGUAAUGUGCACGGCUUUGUGGAUGUUGAAACACCUACUUUAUUCAAAAGAACACCCGGGGGCGCCAAAGAGUUUGUCGUCCCCUCCAGGGAGCCGGGCCUGUUUUACUCUCUGCCUCAGAGUCCGCAGCAGUUUAAGCAGCUGCUGAUGGUGGCUGGCGUGGACCGGUACUUCCAGGUGGCUCGAUGUUACAGAGACGAAGGCUCCAAACCAGACCGGCAGCCAGAGUUCACUCAGGUGGACAUAGAGAUGUCUUUUGUGGACCAGGCCGGCAUUUUAUCGCUGGUGGAGGGUUUGCUGCAGUAUUCCUGGCCAGCAGAGAAAGGUUCUCUAAAGGUCCCUUUCCAGACGAUGACGUAUGAUGAAGCGAUGAGAGACUACGGUACGGACAAACCGGACACUAGAUUUGGCAUGAAGCUGACAGACAUCAGCGACGUUUUCUCCUCCACUCAGAUUGAAUUCCUCAGAUCAGCUCUCAGCCAAUCAGAAGGCUCGGUUCAGGCCAUAUGUGUCCCCAGUGGAGCUAAACUUUUCACUGGGAAAGAUUUAGAGGAACUGAAGCAAGCAGCCAAGAGUCAAUUUGGACAGGAGCUGAGUCUGGUGUUGGUCAGAGAAGACGGCACGUUAAAGUCUCCCCUGAAGAAGCUGAUGCCCGUCUCCGUCACAGAGGACCUGCUGAGGAAGACUGUAGCCGGACCAGGAGACCUGCUGCUACUGGCAGCCGGCUCUCUCCAUGCUGUGCGCCCCAUGCUCGGCAGCCUUCGCCUUAAGGCAGCGCAGCUCCUAGAAGCUCAUGGCCUUUCGGUUCGUGACCCAGAUGCUUUCAACUUCCUGUGGGUUGUGGACUUCCCUCUUUUCUUACCAAAAGAAGACAAACCCGAGGAGUUGGAGUCCGCUCAUCAUCCUUUCACUGCUCCGCAACCGGAGGAUAGAGAGUUGCUCUUCACAGAGCCACACAAGGUGCGAGGGCAGCAUUAUGACCUGGUACUGAACGGCAGUGAGAUUGGAGGAGGUUCCAUCCGGAUCCAUAAAGCCUCAGAGCAGCUCCAUGUCUUAAAGAACAUCCUUAAGGAGGAUCCCGGUCUCCUUUCCCAUCUGCUGGAGGCUUUAGACUCUGGAGCGCCACCUCAUGGAGGCAUCGCUCUGGGUUUGGAUCGCUUGGUCUCUAUGUUGGUCAGCGCUUCCAGCAUUCGUGAUGUCAUUGCCUUCCCUAAGUCAUUCCGGGGUCAUGACCUCAUGAGCCACGCGCCUGAUUCCGUGUCAGAGGAGGAGCUGAAGCCGUACCACAUUUCUGUCAAAUGGCCAACCGAUGGAGGACGAGAAGGGAAGUGAGAUGUUGGAAAAAGACAAAUCAACAUCUGAGGAGAUGUUUUCCUAAAUUUCUGAUCUGCACAUCAGAAAUAAAAGCGCUGAUGAGGACACAGAGAGAGACGUAUAGACUGAACAAUGUCCAUUUGGUCCGCAGAGACAUUAAAGACAAGAGAAUUUAAGAGAGAAAUGAUGCGACGGCUGUAUCCGAACACUCAGGGAUGAACAAAUAUCAUGCCAAAAGGACAGAGUGUAAAGCUAAAACUGAACUAUGAUGGAACAACUCAACUCGUAUCAAAACUUAUUAGGUGUUUCUCACUGUUACUGAGUCUGUUUUGUUUCAUUAAAUGAAAUUUAUCGACAAAGUUACUGUUUCAGGACCUUUCCUUUAAGACUCUGUGCCUUGUCUGUGUCAGUUUGAGUGAUCUGUUUGCCACCUUGUCGAUAAGAGUAAAGCUCUUGUGGUAAGAAAGUCUUAAAAUAGAAAAUAGCAUUCAAAAUGCCUAAUUGGGACAGUGAACUUUUUUUUUUAAAGUACAAGAGACUCUUGGGAUCAAAGAGUUAAAGGUACAUGAGUAAUUCCAGUCCAAAAAGACUUUUUUAAGAGUAAAGUUCCUAAUAACUUAUACUCUCAUUAACACGAUUACCUUACAGUGUGAGUAGUCUGUUACUCUGCUCUGAAACAAUAUAAGCUUACUUGCAUAUAAUCACAACCUGACUUUUUUUU